GAUGAAUUGCAGUUGGUAUAGUCCAGUCUGUAGCGUCUGGCUCAGCGGAGGAGCAGCUUGAAAGUUUUCAACAUAACGCCAAUGUUGUUACUUUUUCACUGUCCGCCAAAACUCUCAAACUACGUUCCGUUAUUUUACGGAUAAUUUGUCUCAUUUCUAUGUCUGGAUAACCUCAACAACAUCGUUUUGUUUAAGAUAUUCAGGUGUUUGCUGGUUUCGUCUGUCGACAGCAGAAAAUGAACGACACAUUCCCCCUAACCAGAAAGAAGAAGUGAAGGAGUGGGGAGAUCGUUGGAGAGAAGAGAGAGAGAGACUGAAGGAGUGACAGGAGAGGACACUUAUUGCAGACACCAUGUCUGUCUCCACCACCAAGCAGGAGAGAACCCUGUGUGUUCUGCUCCCUAAUAAAGAACAGCUGGACAUCACUGUGGGGGUCAAGUCCACAGGGCAGGAUGUGUUCAAUCAGGUGUCUGAGCUCCUUGGAAUUAAAGAGCUGCAGUUCUUUGGCCUGACAGUGGUGAAGGACAAUGAGCACAUCUUUCUGGACAUGGAAGAUAAGCUGACCAAGUAUUUCCCUAAGGAAUGGAAGCAAGAUUCAGGGAAGGGGUUACAGAAGAGAUCCCUCCCCCUGGUGCUCUGCCUCAAGGUGCAGUACUAUGUGGAGAACGGCAGGCUCAUCUGUGAGCGGAAGGCGAGGCGUCUGUACUUCUCUGACCUGAGGGAGAGGGUAUUGCGUUCAGAGUGUCGUCAGCAGGAGGAGGUGUACUUCCAGCUGGCUGGGUAUGCUCUACAAGCUGACCUGGAGGAUCAUCCCCUACCUGGGAAGAACCAGGGAGGCACCCGCUACUUCCAACCCAAAGAGUACUUCCCUCCCUGGAUUGUGGCGAAGCGUGGGGUGGACUACCUGCUCUGUCACGGUCCCAAGGUACACAAGGAGCUGUGGGGUAUGACGCCACGUGAUGCGGUACUCCACUUCAUCAAAGAGGCCUGUCGUCUCGAGGACGUCCCCGUCACCUUCUACAGGCUACAGAAGGACAAGAAAGAAGAGAGAGGCACAGCUCUGCUGGGGCUGACCCUCAGAGGAAUGCAGCUUUAUCAGGAGGCGGACAACAUCCGGCAGCUUCUCUAUGACUUCCCCUGGUCCAACGUGGGACGACUCACCUUCCUGGGGAAGAAAUUUGAGAUCCAGCCAGAUGGUCUGCCGUCGGCCAGGAAGCUGGUCUACUACACUGGGUCUCCGUUCCGCUCGCGCCACCUCCUCCUGCACCUCAGCAACAGCCACCGACUCUACCUCAGUCUCCAGCCUGCCCUCAAACACCUCCGACAGCUGGAGGACAGCGAGGAGAAGAAGCGCUACAGGGAGUCGUACAUCAGUGAUGACCUGGAUGUAGACCCUCCAGGGGGCAGCGAGGGGGGCAGCCCCGGCUUGUCCCGACACUCUACCUCCAGCUCGGGCAUCGAGGCAGACCGCGAUGCGACACGGCAACACAGCAGCAUCUCCAUGGAGAUGGCGUCCAUGGAGGAGGAGACUGGGCUGAGGAAGAGGAUGGAGAAGUGUUUCAGUUCGGUGGCGAGUCACGGGAGUUCUCACACUUCAGGCGUGGACACGGGCAGCAAAGCACGCACUGAUGAAGAGGAGUGGCAGGAGGAAGAGACCCAGCAGGCCAGCUUGGACAGUCCAGGAGAGGUUUCCGUGGACGACCCAGAGGAAAUGCUGAGAUUGGCUGAGCUGAUUGAGGGCGUGUCGGUUGAUUGUCCCGUGCUCACCUCAGAGACUCAUUGUGAAG